GUUUUCGAGAUUCACCGUUUAACGCAACUCCCCUCUCACCUUCAAGUUUUUAUAUCGAUCUCCCUACUCUUGUUGCUGAACAAUGUUGAGGACAAUCGCCGCUAAGCGAGCCUCAGCUCUCGUGAACAAUCUUAAUGUUGUUCCUACAGUAACUCGCUCUUAUGCUACUCAAGCCGAUCCUAACGCUAAUCCCAUCAAUGGCAGAACCUCGUUCGGUAGCUUGUCUGAUGACGACCGUAUUUUCACCAACGUCUACUCCAAGCACGACUUCCGUUUGAAGGGCGCCAUGAAGCGUGGUGAUUGGCACAAGACAAAGGAAAUCUUGCUCAAGGGUCACGAAUGGAUUCUUAAGGAAAUGAAGGAAUCCGGUUUGCGUGGUCGUGGUGGUGCUGGUUUCCCCACUGGUCUUAAGUGGAGUUUCAUGAACAAGCCUUUAGACGGACGCCCCCGUUAUCUCGUUAUCAAUGCUGACGAAGGUGAACCUGGUACCUGCAAGGAUCGUGAAAUUCUCAGAGGCGAUCCCCACAAGCUCAUUGAAGGUUGUUUGGUGGCUGGACGUGCUAUGCAUGCCAAUGCCGCUUAUAUAUACAUUCGUGGUGAAUUCUACAAUGAGGCUUCAAACGUCCAGGAGGCUAUUAAUGAAGCCUAUGCUGCUGGCCUCAUUGGAAAGAACGCUUGUGGAUCAGGCUAUGACUUUGAUGUCUAUGUUCAUCGUGGUGCUGGUGCCUACAUUUGCGGUGAGGAAACCUCUUUGAUUGAAUCACUCGAAGGCAAGCAGGGUAAGCCAAGACUGAAGCCCCCGUUCCCUGCUGAUGUCGGUCUUUUCGGAUGCCCAUCCACUGUUACCAACGUCGAGACUGUUGCUGUCGCUCCCACCAUCUUGAGACGUGGUGGCAGCUGGUUCGCUGGCUUCGGUCGCGCUAGAAACCAGGGUACUAAGCUCUUCUGUAUUUCUGGUCACGUUAAUAACCCAUGCACAGUCGAAGAGGAAAUGUCUAUCCCACUACGAGAGUUGAUUGAUAAGCACUGCGGUGGUGUCCGUGGUGGUUGGGAUAACUUGCUCGGUAUCAUUCCCGGUGGUUGCUCCGUUCCCGUCCUUCCCAAGAACAUUUGUGACGACGUUUUGAUGGAUUUCGAUGCUCUUCGUGAUGUUAACUCUGGUCUCGGUACCGCAGCUGUCAUUGUCAUGGACAAGACCACUGACAUCGUCCGAGCUAUCUCACGUUUCUCAGCUUUCUACCGCCACGAGUCAUGCGGUCAAUGUACACCCUGCCGCGAAGGUUCCAGAUGGUUGGAAACCAUGAUGAACCGAUUUGAGGAAGGCCGAGGAAAGCCUGAAGAAAUUGACCAGAUCUGGGAAAUCUCAAAGCAGAUCGAAGGUCACACUAUCUGUGCCCUUGGUGAUGCUGCUGCCUGGCCAGUUCAAGGUCUUAUCAGACACUUUAGACCCGAGCUUGAGUCUCGUAUGGCCACCUUCAAGAAGUCCCUUGAGGCCGCACAAGCAUCCGCUACUGCGUAGAAGUCUCUGCACAUAUACACAAGACACCUUAACGAUUGAAAUCAAAGAUAGUAACAACCCUUAAAAAAGUUUUUUAAAAAAAAUAAAUCUAACAACUUAAAAAAGUAGUAAGCCCC